AUGGCCCGUACGGAGGACUAUUUAGUCGAUCAUUCGGGCAGGUCAGUCCGCACAGCAGGUGAUGAGGAUGGGCAGAUGAUCGCCUGGAGAUUCGGAGACCUCAGACCGACUAGUGGAAAUAUCUCUGGGCCGUUCUCGAUAUGGUUAGAUCGAGCCAUAGGAUAUUCUUGUCCCUGUCUCACACGAGCUGCAUCAGAUGCUUACCUUGACAAGGUGUGCCUGGGGUUGGGCAUCGGGGUGUCCUCGGCUGUGUGGUUAGAGUUUACUACAUCAGGUCACCAGUCUACUUGCAGAAACAUCGCAUAUCAAGGGUCUCUGACCCUUGGUCACUUCCAAGCAGGGGCUAUGGUGCUGCCUCGGGACUCUCACCCAAAGGAUAGUUACUGUACGUUGACUGAAGACAAUAGCUUGCGCCUGGCUUCUCUUCACACAAACCCAAGAGACACUGCAGUAACGGUUUGUUUUCAAUGCUAUUCAUACUAUUGCCGCCGAGAAUGA